GUCACCAUGGCUUUCCUCUGCAGAAGUGCCGCAGUGCUCCUGAAGCCCUGCAGCCGAGCUCCGGCCGCCAUGAGCGCCCUGUCCGCCGCCCGGCUCUACAGCUCAGGCGGUCAGUAUGAGUAUAUUCUGGUGGAUAAGCGAGGUGAGAAGAACAACGUGGGUUUCAUCCAGCUGAACCGGCCGAAGGCUCUCAACGCUCUGUGUGAUGGGCUGAUGACGGAGUUGGGACGGGCCCUGGACUCUUUCGAAGCUGACGCAGAUGUCGGAGCUAUCGUUCUCACCGGCAGUGACCGAGCCUUCGCUGCUGGAGCGGACAUUAAAGAGAUGCAGAAUCGAACAUUCCAGGAAUGUUAUGGUGGAAACUUCCUGGCUCAUUGGAACAGGGUGUCAACAGUGAGGAAACCUGUCAUUGCAGCUGUAAAUGGAUUUGCUCUGGGUGGAGGCUGCGAGCUGGCCAUGAUGUGUGACAUCAUCUACGCCGGAGAGAAGGCGCAGUUCGGCCAACCAGAGAUCCUGUUGGGGACAAUCCCUGGGGCCGGAGGCACCCAGCGCCUGACCCGUGCAGUGGGCAAGUCCCUGGCGAUGGAAAUGGUUCUAACAGGAGACAAGGUCAACGCUCAUGAAGCCAAGCAAUCAGAUUUAGUGAGUAAAGUUUAUCCUGUGGACCAGCUGGUGUCUGAAGCUGUUAAAUGUGGGGAAAAAAUUGCAGCCAACUCCAAACUGGUCUCUUCUAUGGCUAAAGAGGCUGUUAACGCAGCUUUUGAGCUGACUUUGGCUGAGGGGAACCGUUUGGAGAAGCGCUUAUUCCACUCCACCUUUGCUAGUAGUGAUGAUCGCAAGGAAGGCAUGACGGCAUUUGUGGAGAAGAGAAAGGCCGAUUUUCAGGACAAUUAG